AUGUAUCCAUACGAAAUAGACCGGGAACAGCCCGCCUGCAACAACCUUCCCGAUUGUUCCUGUCCGUCCUAUGGCGAUACGUACGGCCUAGAGCUCGGCUUGACGCUCAGUUGUAGGGUUGGCCCAAAUGGAUUUAACUUCUCGCAGUUUCACGGCCUGAACCUUACAAUGAAUCUGUGGUGGUCUCUUGAAUUCUACUCUAAUUUUAAUCCUGAUGGGCAUUCUUCUUCUCCCCUGGUGAUCCCGAGAAACGCCAUACCAGCCUCAGCCAGCGUGACGCCGUUCCGGUUACUCAUCAACAACGUUGAGCUCGUCUCAGUGGAGAGAGGCGCGUUCGCCGGUCGGACUCUAACAGUUCUCUGGUUCCGCGGGACCCAAAUGACCAGUCUACCCUUGGAUAGCUUCCGGGACCAGAGUGCCAAUUUGAAACUAGUCGUGAUCCAAGGAGUAAGUCAAAAAAACGGCGAACCUAUUGGAUUCCCGAGCUUCCACUCAUUUCAAGCUCUGCGAACACUUGCAAUUGAACACACUCCAAUUAAGUAUCUACCUGACCAGUUCUUUAUAUAUAACUUACUCUCACUGGAGGAAUUUAUUCUCGACAGUGCGCAAACGACUCAAGGCGUAUCACCGCGUGCAUUCCAGGAUCUUCCAGUUCUGAGUUCGAUGACGAUCUUAAAGUGCAUGUUGCAGCAGGUGCCAAUCGAUGCACUCUCCUCUCUCGCCAACUUGACUAAUUUAGACCUCUCCUUGAACGACAUCCAAACUUUAUCUGCCGUCGAUAUUGAGGCAUUGAAACGGUUGCCUUCUCUAUUUCAGGUCACCUUGGGCGAUAAUCCUUUUAGCUGCACGUGUGACUUGCUGCCGUUUAUUAAGUUGCUGCAAGGUGGAUCACCUUUCGACAUACGAUGUGAAAGAUAUGGACUAAAUAGUAAUAACGACUGUCGAUGUGCAAGUCCUGAACAGCUUCGAGGCAAACUACUUGCCGACUUGAGUCAUGUCAAUUGGUCGGUAUGUACUGCAGAAAGCACGGUGAAGCCUGAGAACCUCACAACGCGGGAUUAUGUAGACUCCUCCACAGUCACACGUAGGGCGCGGGAUUAUGUAGACUCCUCCACAGUCACACGUCUGUCUAUCUCCAUCAUCUCGGCCGUCGUGGUGUUAGGAAUUGCAGUAGUGGUGGUGGUUGUGAUUGUGCACAGGAAGAUGAAGCUGAGAUGGGUUGGGUUAUUCAGAAGAUACGAUCGUCCGAAUAGCAAUGUCUAUGAAGGUGAUGGGGAGGGGUACGCAUACGACGCUUACAUCUGUCAUCACAGCGAAAUGGAAGUUUUCGUCUCCGAACAGAUGAUACAACGCCUGGAAGGGGAGCCUAACAACUUCCGCCUGUGUGUGUCCUUUCGGGACUUCCUCGUCGGCGCUGACAAGUUGGACAAUGUGGCGACUGCAAUGACGUCUAGUCGGCUGAUAAUCGUCCUUCUUGACGCCAACUUCAUUGCAAGCGGCCAGUGCAUGCUCGAGUUGAACAUGGCCAGUACCCGGAUGUUGGAUGCAACGGUAGGCGCCGCUCCAGUCGCCCCAGCGGCCGCUGGCAACGCCGCUAUCAUGGACGGUGCUGCUGGUCUCCUUCUCGUGUUGCUGGACGCUCUUCCAGUGGAUGCCUUGCCAGCCACCUUGACGGUACUUCGAGACAAGAUUACGUGUCUGGAAUGGAGGCAAGAGGAUGAGGAAAGAUGCUGGCGUCAACUCGUAGCCUCCAUUCAGGCUACAAGACCCAGGCAACCUCAGCAAAUGGACAUUGAAGACUAGUCAGCGCGUCAAAAUGAGUUGGGAAAACAUGUACAUGUACACAGACAGUAGCCUAACAGCAUUUACGUGUUGUCAAAUUGAACCACAAACAACCAACCAAGUGUAUAUCAUGAAAUGUAUAACACAUCAAUAAUUGAUUUCAGUCUUCUAUGAUACAGAUCUAUCUAUAAUACAGAAAAAAAAAGAUUUCUUCUAAUUUGAACAUAAUUUUUGUUUAGAGUGCAUUUUUCUGUUUCUAAACAAAAAUGCUUUGGGAUAUAGGGCCAACUUGCUCCUUAAAAUACUCCCGUAAUAAAAGCUUUUAAAGUAUUUUGGGACAUUAAUGUACAAACGUCUGCAAAAGAAUCGAGUUUUGAUAUCAGAAAAAUGGAGUGUAGCCUACAUGUACUAAUGAUCGUAUAUGUGGUUGUGUGAUGCGUUUAAAUAAUCAUGAAUACAUUUUUUAAUACUGUUUUAGACCUCAAGUAUAAACAAGACAAACUCUUUGCUGUAUUUUGAGCUACAACUUAAUAAUUAAUAGGCAAGCAUCUUCACAUUUGUGGAAUGUUUAAUAUGUCAAGUUUGUAUAUAAUUUAGAAAAUUGUUUGAAACUUAGUUUUUUUGCUAUACCCACGCAUUUUGGCAUUACGUAAAUGUACCAUAUAAAAACG